AUGACGGACAGGGAUAUCCCAAGUGUGGAGACAUGUUCCAGCACGGAAAGGAUCCAUCAGGAGAGAGCAGGGUCCCCUGAAACCAGUUGUGUGUCCAUGAAAAGUGACCAGUCAAAGUCUGAACCUCUUUUAUUCAACGAUGGGCACCCUGUGUCUGCAGAGAAGAUCCAUCCAGACUCUCCUGAACCCAGUUGUGUGUCCAUGAAAAGUGACCAGUCAAAGUCUGAACCUCUUUCAUUCAAUGAUGGACCUCCUCCAUCUGGAGAGAAUUUGAUCCAUCCAGACUCUCCUGAACCCAGUUGUGUGUCCAUGAAAAGUGACCAGUCAAAGUCUGAACCUCUUUUAUUCAACGAUGGACACCCUCUGUCUGCAGAGAAGAUCCAUCCAGACUCUCCUGAACCCAGUUGUGUGUCCAUGAAAAGUGACCAGUCAAAGUCUGAACCUCUUUCAUUCAACGAUGGACACCCUCCAUCUGAAAAGAGUAAUCUUCAGGACAAGUCAGGGGUGGCCAUUGAUCCCUCUGCCCAGGAGCCUCAACCAGACUUGAACUAUAUAUUUAUGUUACUUGAGGAGAAAAUUGCUGCCUUUGUGAAGAGUGAGCUGAAGAGGAUCCAGAAGUCUCUGAGUUCAGAGUAUUUAGAGACGGGGAUGGAGGAUGAGGAGGUGGGGAACCGUAAGAAGGAAAAGUACACAAAGAGCAGCAGAGAAGCAUUUCUGAAGAUCACACUGUACUUCCUGAGGAAAAUGAAGGAAAAGGAGCUGGCUGAUUCUCUGCAGAAAAGUAAGGAUAGUUUCACAAUUAUUCACGUGUGUCUUAAAAUAACAGCCGAAAUGAAUAUUAAGUUUCAGUGUCUGUUUGAGGGGAUCGCGAAAGCAGGAAACCCAACCCCUCUGAAUCAGAUCUACACACCGCUCUACAUCACAGAGGGAGAGACUGCAGAGGUCAAUGAUGAACAUGAGAUCAGACAGAUUGAAACAGCUUCCAGGAAACAAGACAGACCAGAAAUGGCAAUCAGAUGCCACGACAUCUUUAAAGCCUCACCUGGAAGAGAUGAACCAAUCAGAACAGUGAUGACAAAGGGAGUGGCUGGCAUUGGGAAAACAGUCUUAACACAGAAGUUCACUCUGGACUGGGCUGAAGACAAAGCCAACCAGGACAUACACUUCACAUUUCCAUUCACUUUCAGAGAGCUGAAUGUGCUGAAAAAGAAAAAGUACAGCUUAAUGAAACUUCUUCAUCACUUUUUUUCUGAAACCAAAGAUGUAGGAACCUACAGCUACGACAAACCCCAGGUUGUGUUCAUAUUUGACGGUCUGGAUGAGUGUCGACUUCCUCUCAACUUCCAUCGCAAUAAAAUCCUGACUGAUGUCACAAAGUCAAGUACACUGGAUGUGCUGCUGACAAACCUCAUCAGGGGGAACCUGCUUCCCUCUGCUCGCAUCUGGAUAACCACACGACCUGCAGCAGCCAAUCAGAUCCCUCCUGAGUGUGUCGGCAUGAUGACAGAGGUCAGAGGGUUCAAUGACCCACAGAAGGAGGAGUACUUCACUAAGAGAUUCAGAGAUAAGAAGCAGGCCAGCUCCAUCAUCUCACACGUCAAGACAUCACGAAGCCUCCACAUCAUGUGCCACAUCCCAGUCUUCUGCUGGAUCACUGCUACAGUUCUGAAGGAUGUGUUGAAAAGGAGACAGAUGGGAGAGCUGCCCAAGACCCUGACUGAGAUGUACAUCCACUUCCUGGUGGUUCAAACCAAACUGAAGAACAUCAAGUAUGAUGGAGGAUCUGAGACAGAUCCACACUGGAAUCAGGACACCAUGGAGAUGAUUGUGUCUCUGGGAAAACUGGCUUUUGAGCAGCUGCAGAAAGGCAACCUGAUCUUCUAUGAAUCAGACCUGACAGAGUGUGGCAUCGAUAUCAGAGCAGCCUCAGUGUACUCAGGAGUGUUCACACAGGUCUUUAAAGAGGAGAGAGGUCUGUACCAGGACAAGGUGUUCUGCUUCGUUCAUCUCAGUGUUCAGGAGUUUCUGGCUGCUCUUCAUGUCCAUCUGACAUUCAUCAACUCUGGAGUCAAUCUGAUGUGUGAGGUGGAAUCAAAAUCUAAGUGGACUGAACUAUUCAAGGACAAACUUUCAAACUUCUACCAGAAUGCUGUGGACAAGGCCCUGCAGAGUCCAAAUGGACACCUGGACUUGUUCCUCCGCUUCCUCCUGGGUCUUUCAUUGGAAACUAAUCAGCGGCUCCUAAGAGGUCUGUCAAAAGGGAAACAAAGUUCCUCACAGACCAACCAGAAAACAGUCCAGUACAUUAAGAAGAAAAUUAGGGACAAUCUGUCUUCAGAGAGAAGCAUCAAUCUGUUUCACUGUCUGAAUGAACUGAAUGAUCAUUCUCUAGUGGAGGAGACGCUACAGUCUCUGCGUUCAGGAAGGCUCUCCCCAGAUAAACUGUCUCCUGGUCACUGGUCAGCUCUGGUCUUCAUCUUACUGUCAUCAGAAACAGAUCUCAACGUGUUUGACCUGAAACAAUACUUUGCUUCAGAGUACACCCUUCAGAGGCUGCUCCCAGUGCUCAAAUCCGCCAACAAAGCUCUGCUGGAUGAGUGUUUUCUGUCAAAAAGAAGCUGUGAACAUCUGGCUACAGUUUUCAGCUCUCAAUCCUGUUGUGUGGAAGAGCUCGACCUGAGUCACAACGACCUGCAGGAUUUAGGAGUGAUUCAGCUCUGUAGUGGACUGGAGAGUCCCCAUUGUAGACUGGAAAUUCUCAGGUUGGUUGAUUGUAAUCUGUCAGAAGGGAGCUGUGGAGGUCUGGUUUCAGUCCUCAGCUCCCACUCCUCCCGUCUGAGAGAGCUGGACCUGAGUUUCAACAGUCUGAGGGAUUCAGGAGUGAAGCAGCUUUCUGUUGGACUAACGAGUCAGCACUGUAGACUGAAAACUCUAAGUCUGAGCUACUGUGAGCUUUCAGGGAAAAGCUGCGGGGUUCUUGCGUCAGUUCUCAUGUCCAACUCCUCUGCUCCGAGAGUACUUGAUCUGGGUAACAACGACCUUAAGGAUUCAGGAGUGAAGUUGCUCUCUGAUGGACUAAGCAGUCCUGACUGUCGACUGAACACUCUCAGUCUAUCAGGCUGUCAGGUAACAGAGGAAGGCUGUGCUUCUCUGGCCUCAGCUAUGAGCCUGAACCCCUCCUCUCUAGGAGAGCUGGACCUGAGCUACAAUCAUCCAGGAGACUCAGGAAAGAAGAUGCUCUCUGCUCGACUGGUGGAUCCAAUGUGCGGACUGAAAACUCUCAGGAUGGACAACGGAGGAGUCCACAGACUGAAACCAGGUCUGAAGAAGUAUGCCUGCAAUCUCACACUGGACCGAUAUACAGCCCACAUCAGCCUGUCUGUGUCAAAAGACAACAAAAAGGUGGCAUGGAUAACAAGUAAAUUACGUGAUACAUCUCAUCCGGAGAGAUUCAACUACUGGGAACAGGUGCUUUGUAGUAAUGGUCUGACUGGUCGCUGUUACUGGGAGGUUCAAUGGGAAGGAUCUGUUACUGUCGGUGUAACUUACAAAAGCAUCCAAAGGAAAGGUGAAGUUGGCUCAUGGCUCGGAGGGAAUAACAAGUCGUGGAGCCUUAGCUGCUCUCGAAAGGAAUCUUCUACCUGGAACAACAGAGAAACAGAGAGUUACUCUGCCUGGCACAAUAACAGAAGUACAGAGACACAAAUAUCUUCCUUGCCUGUCUCUAAUAGAGUUGGAGUGUAUCUGGACCCUCCUGCAGGCACGCUGUCCUUCUUCAGACUGUCGGAAGACGGUAAACGGACCCACAUCCACACCUUCCACUGCACAUUCACUGAACCCCUCUACCCUGCAUUCAGGUUGUUUUCAACUGGGCUUCGGUGGUGUUCAGUCUUUUUGUGUGAGCUGUAG